AUGAACCCUGGCGUUAUGGUGAUGCCUUCGAUGACCGGGGCUGCGGGAAGACCAAAGGGAAAGGACGAUGACAAAGUCACCACCGUCUUCGUUGGCGGUCUUCGGAAAAGCACCAGCGAAGAUAAGGUGGCAGCCCACUUUGCAAAGUACGGCCAGGUGGACAGUGUUGAUAUCAAGCGUCUGCCCGAUGGCACAUCACGUGGGUUCGCAUUCGUGAAGUUCACUGACAGGGACUCGGUUGAAAAAGCGGUUGAAGCAAAAGCCAAUCACAUGAUUGACAACAAGUGGGUGGCAGUGCGUCCGCACGGUGGCUCCGCCUUCCAAGCGGCACAGCAUGCCGAAAGAGAGAAGAUGAAUUUUGCAAGAGAGAAGGAGAAGAAGGAGUCAGAAGCACCUUCGACGCAGGAUGACUACGAAGAGAAGUGGUCCGAGAAGUAUCUGCAACAGGCAGCUUCGCUCCAAACUGGAGAGGACGACGGUGAGGAUGGCAAGGACAAAGACUCUGGUCAGAUGAACCCCAUGAUGGCCAUGAUGAUGAACCCAAUGAUGGCUAUGAUGAUGAACCCAAUGAUGCAGAUGAACCCCAUGAUGAUGGGGGCUCGGCCCAUGAUGAUGCCGGGUUGUGGUGGCUGUGGUUGCCCUGGUUGCUGCGGCGGAUGCCCGGGGAUGCCAAGCCCAGCGGGACCUUCAGGCAUGACGGCCCCAGCCGUGGAGGAUGCCAGCGGGCCCGCAGCACCCAGUGCACCAGGAGCACCCGGGGCACCAAGCACCGGGGCCCCAGCAUCACCAGGGGCACCGCUGCCAGGUGGCUGCUGCGGCUGCAUGCCUACCUGCUGCGGUGGCUGCAUGCCAGGCUGCUGCGGUGGUUGCUGCCCCUGUGGUGGCUGCAUGCCCUGCAUGCCCGGCUGCGUGCCCGGCUGCAUGCCAGGCUGCAUGCCCACAAUGCCGAACAUGGCAGGCGCGGCUGCGCCGCUGGCUUCGGCGGCGGAAAACGGAG